AUGGCAGAGGAGGAGUCUCUAGAACAACUUAGUGAGCGAACCUUUAGAACCUCGGCCAUUCAGCUACUCUGUGAAUCGCUGCCCGAAUACAAUGUGCGACAUACGAUAAAGAAGGGGAUUUCUGAGCUAUCCCCACCCGCAGAGAAUUUUUGGGAUAAACUACAUGACGAGCUUUUCUCGUUGUGCCCGGCAACCACUUUUCUCAAACCCGUUCUCAACUCGUCGGGGAAAGUUGAAGAAAUUGUCGAAUGUCGGCGUUGUGGCGAUGAACUAGCCUCGAGCAGUACAAAUAUGUCGUUGCAGCGGAUUCCAUUCCUGGGAAGCACAACCAUCAAGGGGUCAUCGAGUAACGUCCCUUUCUUUCCUGGUGGCUUUGACGAAGAACUUUCUCGUCUUUGGACUCUCACUGCGACAACACUUUCUUCAGUAGAUGAAGAGCAAUAUUUAAACUUUGAAAAUUUGCUACAUCAUGUUCCCGGUUUCGAACAUGAUACUUAUUUGGGCUCAAAAACCGAGACAACUGAGACGAAUGUAAAAAAGCCGCCUGAAAUCAAUUUGGAAUCGGUAGACAUUUUCGAUCUACUGGACUACGUUGGUGGAGCUGCUCCGAUAUUCACGCCUCCAAGCAAAGAAGAAACUACAGUUGCGGUGAAAGUGCCGACACAAACGACUGACGCGACUCAAGAAACAUCAGAAGACAUUGAUUCAUUAUUAGAGAACCAAUUAAAAGAACGUCAAACGAUUGUUGGACCAAAAGACUCGAAAGAAUUUCACUAUGCGCGUAGGAUUGACACAAGUGCCGAUAUUCCGGAAUACAAGGAGAUAUUUCCACACAUGGCUAAGCAGUAUCCUUUUGCGCUGGAUCCAUUUCAACAAGCGGCUGUUUGUAGCAUGGAACGAGGGGAAAGUGUUUUUGUUGCAGCACACACAUCGGCCGGUAAAACUGUCGUCGCUGAAUAUGCCAUUUCUCUUUGUAAACUACACAAAACAAGAGCCAUAUAUACUUCUCCUAUCAAGGCUCUUUCGAAUCAGAAGUUUCGAGAUUUCAAGUUGAUUUUCGAGGAAGUUGGCCUCAUCACUGGAGACAUUCAACUAUUUCCAGAAGCUUUUUGCUUGAUCAUGACUACGGAAAUUCUCAGGUCGAUGUUAUACAAUGGAUCGGAAAUCAUUCGAGAACUUGAAUGGGUUAUUUUUGAUGAGGUGCACUACAUAAACGACGCCGAACGAGGGCAUGUUUGGGAAGAGGUACUUAUCAUGUUGCCGGCGCAUGUUAAAAUCGUUAUGCUUUCUGCUACAGUACCAAAUGCUGCCGAGUUCGCUGAUUGGGUUGGGAGAAUUAAGAAUCGUCGCAUUGAUGUCGUUUAUACCGCGAAAAGACCAGUGCCACUUGAACAUCACCUUUAUACAGGACAGGACGGAAAAACGAGACACAAUAUGUUCUUGGUGGUCGAUAAAGAAGGACAAUUUCAAAAGGGAAGCUAUGCGAAAGCGAGAGAAUCAAAGGAGUUCAAGAAGACUGGACAAAACGCCGCAAGAGGCGGAAAGAAUCCCGGCUUUCAACCAGGCAACAAUCGCAAUGAUCAAAAUGUGUACAUCAAUCUCGUUGAGCAUUUACGAAGCAAAGAUCAGUUGCCAGCAGUUUGCUUUGUGUUUUCUAGAAGAAGGUGUGAUGAUAAUGCACAACUCCUACUGUCAGCUGAUUUAACGACGGCGCUCGAAAAGAAUCACAUAAAACACUUUUUCUCACAGUGUAUCCAACGACUCAAGGGGACUGAUAAAGAACUUCCACAAGUUAUGUUCCUUAAAGAACUUUGUACUCGGGGCGUUGGGGUUCAUCACUCAGGAAUCUUGCCAAUUUUGAAAGAAGUCGUCGAGCUUCUUUUCCAAAAAGGAUAUGUGAAGGUAUUGUUUGCUACCGAAACUUUUGCAAUGGGGGUCAAUAUGCCUGCAAGAUCGGUUGUUUUCGAUUCGCUACAAAAGCAUGAUGGUACAGAGCUUCGUUUACUGACUGCUGGAGAAUAUGUGCAAAUGGCCGGUCGUGCUGGAAGACGCGGGUUGGAUGCAACAGGCAAUGUGGUUGUUUUACAGAAAGGGCAAUGCGUUAUGGAUUUCGAGGAUAUUCACAAAGUCAUCUUGGGUAAACAAGCUAAUCUUGAAUCGAAAUUCCGAGUCACUUACACAAUGCUUCUCAAUUUAUUGCGAGUUGAACAGCUCAAGAUUGAAGAUAUGUUACAAAGAAGUUAUGUCGAAAGUGGGUCGCUGCGAGGGGCUCUUAAAUUGAAACAAACGCUUGAAUUACAAAGGCAACUUUUGGAAGCCAUGCAUCCGCCAACUUGUACUGUUUGUUUCCCGGAAUUGGGCGAUAUGGGUUUGCAAAGCUACAUCGAUCUUCUGAUCACCUACAUAGAGAGACAAAAUAGCUUAUGGAACGUUCUUUAUACCGAAGACGCUGUCAACAAACUACUCAUACCUGGGCGAAUUGUGAUUGUACAUUUGCCGUGUUUUGCGGAGCCACGGGCGGCAAUUUUGUUAUCGGAGAAGGCAAAUAUGUUGAAAGUGGUACUCCCCGUCGCGAAAAAUCUACCUGAUGAUGCAAAAUGUGAUCAGCAACAAGCUUUUGGAAACAGGAUCAGAAGCUUUGUCACUCAUGGAAUUGAUGGCCAUUUGAAAUGGAAUUUUGACGCAUCGCAGAUGAUCAUGUCUUAUAAUAUCGCUAUCGAUUCGCUGGUUGCAAUCACACGGCAAACAAUAAAGAAAAUGAAUGCUGCCGAUCUAUUGAAUGAAGCAUUGCGUUACGCACAACCGAGAUUCAGGAACAAUAAACUUUCUGAAGAUACCGAGAAAGUGCUAACAACAUUUGCAAAAAUUGACGAGACGCUGUCGAACGAGGAUUUACUGUUGGCUGGAAAAGAUUUUAAGAUCACCAGGUUGGAGAAUCAUGAAGAAGUGAGUCGGUGGCUCUCCCUCCGGGAACAUCUGUUAGAAGCCACAUCGCGAAACUCGGCUAUUCAUUGUGUUCAUAUCGAAUCGCACUUGGGUUUUGUUUUGGAACGACUAUAUUUGGUGGCGUUAAUUCGAGAUUUGGAAGCAAAGUUGGCGCCAGACAGUUUGGCUUUGUCAAAGGAAUAUCAUGACCGUUUGAAGAUGCUGAAAACACUCGGUUAUGUGGAUGAGCACGAUUUAGUGACGUUUAAGGGACGGGUCGCUUGUGAAAUUCAUCAUCAGGAGCUUUUGGUUACCGAACUUGUUUUAGAUGGUAAGCUCCAUAAACGAAAGCCCGCGGAGGUUGCGGCUUUACUAUCAACAACGACGUGCCAAUUUAAAUCGCAAGAAGAAAUCCGAUUCACACCAAAUUCAAUAUUCGAUCAAUUGUAUCAAGAUGUCUUUUCGACCGAACAGCGAAUUAAGAACAUAGCAAGAGAGAACAAGAUUCAAUUAUUUGAGAUAGGAGAUGAGAUACGAUUUGACCUUAUGGAAGUCGUUUACCUUUGGGCACAAGGGGAGAGUUUUUCCACGAUCAUGCAGAAAACGGAUUGUCAAGAGGGAAUCAUUGUUCGUUGUAUUCAACGAUUGGGAGAGGUGUGUAAAGAUGUGAGAAACGCGGCCAGAAUUGUUGGCGAUCCGGCACUAUUCGAAAAAAUGGAACAGGUUUCUUCGGCAAUCAAACGAGAUAUCGUCUUUGCCGCUUCCCUUUAUACCUCCGUU